AAAACUUUUAGUUUUGCAAUCACUGUGAAGACCUCGAAGCGCAGAGGUUUAAACAAUAGAAAACACGUCUAGAACUGAAGGAUUCUGAUACACUGCAAACACAAUGGACGUCGAGGCCAAGAGAAUCAUGGCUCUUUCUAUUAGUAAACUGUAUUCAUUAAGGACCCAGCGCGGGGGACUGAGGCUUCACCGGAGUCUCCUGCUCUCCAUGACCAUGAGAGCCGCGCGGGACAUCUACCACACCGCGCAGCUGCUCAGAGAGGCGGAGGAGGAACAGGUCGUUCCGUGCGCCCCCGACGCGGCUCCGGAGGAACCCAUGGAGAUUAGCAAAGACUCUCCUCAGACUUCAACUCUUAAGGAGGUGGCAGUGAAACAUCAAGAACCCGAAGAUACUCUAGAAGAGGACAAAGAGAACCGAUGUGCUUCUGAACGACACUCCAGGAAACGCCGCGGCAAGACGGCGCUCGAGACUGACUUUCUACCUCUGAAGAAGGCAAAAAUGGACACGGAUGAGGAGAAGCAACAUCUCCAGGGCGAGGUUUUGAGGACUAAUAACGGACACGGCUGUCGCCAGGCUGAAACUCUGACCGCCUUCCCGACAAAUCGAGCCGUCGCGGCGUGUUGAGCGAGACGCGCUUUGGAUCUUUCCGAGAAUCGAUUUCCCUCGAUGGGAAUUUCCUGAACGGACCGGUUCAGAACGGACCGGUUAUGCAGCCCGACACCUGCGCGGCCGGCUCAGCUCGCCAUAUGAGCUCCAAGAAAGGCCGGGAUCAGCAGGAAUACAGAACAGGUGGUGGAUACCGCGAUCCCAAGAGCAAUGGAAUCACCAGAGCUGCUUUUUCAUUGUUCGGUGAGGAGUCAGAUGACUCUGUUGACUCACGGUUGAACCGGUUGAACUGGGCAGAGAGGCCCUGACGUCUUCUAUCCCAAAUCUACGAACUUUGAACAAGAACAACGCUGAUGGUACAAACGCUGCUGUGUGACACUUGAAAAUGUCUUUGCCAAAACGUGUUAAAUGUCACUGCUGCACUGAUCGAUUGCACAUUUCUAUUCUGUAUUGAUAAUGCCGAUUUUAAGAAGGACUUGACGGACUGAUAACACGAUGAAGCUGAUUUCAGUGUUCACUUGUUGCAAUAAACGCGCAAAUGUUUAAAAGGCA